CUCCUCCUCUUCUUCCCCUUCCUUCCUCUCUCCCUCCCCUCCCUCUCCUCCCCUUUCCUGAUCCAUCUCUACUUCUUCCCACCCCCCUCUUCCUUUACUAUCCCCCUGCCCCCCUCCGAUCCUUCUCUUUCCCUCUUUUCCACUUGUCCCCAAAUUCCCAUCUCUUCCUACCUGUUCCGCACCCUUCCCAGCCCUGUCACCUCUGGUUCCAGCUCCGAGCAAGCAGCAGGGCUCAGGGCAUUCCAUCACCGAGGGACCAGCCGAACGCUUCGCGCCCUGCCUCCUGGGGCCUAAGGGAGUCGCGGCGCGGGACGCGGGCAAGGCGCCCCAGACCCUCCUCUGCAAAGGAAGCGGGCACAGGCGAAGGGGGCGCGCCGGGUGCACUGCACCACACCGCGCAGCAGCGUUCCACACUGCGCAACCCGGGCCGGGCCAUCCGCCGUGCUGCCGCGGUCUCGGCUCCCACGCGUGACCCGAGGGCGUCGGUCCUGCGGACUCAGCCACAGGCUUCCUGCGGACGCACGGGAUUCGGUGCGGCGACGAUCAUGGCGGCGCGUAAGGCGGCGGCGGUGCUGGAGACGCCCCAGCAGCCGGAGCAGCUCUCUGAGCUUUCUGCAGAUGAUGCGUGGAACCUGAAGCAGGAGAAGAUAUACCAGAUGCACCAAGGCCAUGAGUCCAUGCACAUGGAGAUGAUCUUAAUCUUCUUCUCUGCCCUGAUCGCCGUCCAGGUGAUGCUGGUACAGUGGAGGCAGAGGCACAGCCGCUCCUACAACCUGGUGACCUUGCUGCAGAUGUGGGUUGUACCUUUGUAUUUCACCAUUAAGCUCUACUGGUGGCGGUUUCUGUCUAUGUGGGGGAUGUUCUCCAUUAUUACCAGUUAUAUUAUCUUCAGAGCUACUCGGAAACCACUUUCAGGGAAAACACCUCGAUUGGUCUACAAAUGGUUUCUUCUAAUCUACAAAAUCAGCUAUGCAUUUGGUGUCGUGGGUUAUUUGGCCAUCAUGUUUACAAUGUGUGGAUUCAAUUUAAUUUUCAAAAUCAAAUAUAGAGAUUCCAUGGACUUUGGCAUUGUAUCCUUGUUCUAUGGUCUUUACUAUGGAAUAAUGGGGAGAGACUUUGCUGAGAUCUGCUCAGAUUACAUGGCUUCUACCAUAGGGUUCUACAGUGUCAGCGGGAUGCCCACCAGGAGCCUGUCAGGUGACAUCUGUGCGAUUUGUGGGCAGAAGAUCUUUGUGGCCCUCGACGAAGAAGGGCUCAUUGAAAACACCUACCAGCUGUCCUGUAGUCACAUCUUUCAUGAAUUCUGCAUCCGAGGCUGGUGUAUUGUCGGGAAAAAGCAGACUUGUCCUUACUGCAAAGAGAAGGUUGAUUUGAAGAGGAUGAUCAGCAAUCCCUGGGAACGCACACACAUGCUCUAUGCAAAGAUCCUGGAUUGGCUUCGUUACUUGGUGGCCUGGCAGCCAGUGGUGAUAGGAAUAGUUCAAGGCAUUAACUAUUUCCUAAACCUGGAAUAGCACAGUAGAUUUGUCCUUGUAGCAACACACUGCGUGGCAGAAGGACUUUUAAAGCCUUGGUUCUGCAUUCAAUGUUCCUUUUAAAUUUUGGAGAUGAUCCAAAGAGUUCAGGAAACCAAACGAAAUUUGAUGUCACAUUUUAAAAAGUAAUUUAUCUCUGUGGAAACAAUUAAAAGCUGAAC